AUGUAUUCCGUUGAGAUUCUACUGCUCGCUACCGCUGCCACGACCUUAGCAAGCUUGCAGCGAGCGGAGACUCAUGCAAGUUACACUCCGAACAACCUCACAGUCGCUUUCUGCUGUGAGGUUCUUGAACUUGCUGGACUCGGCGACUUGAUUCUUUAUCCUGGAGCCGAGUCAUACGAUGAACGAGUAGGUUCCUACUGGUCCGAGGCUGCUCAAUUGACUCCGACAUGUUUUGUCCAACCUCGAGACGCAGUCGAAGUAGCUCAGGUCGUUAGCACCUUGGUGGAAUCCAAUAACACCUAUCCAUGCAAGUUCGCCGUGAGAUCUGCUGGACACACGACCUGGGCAGGGUCAAACAACAUCGAAGAUGGCGUGACGAUUGAUCUGGAGUUGAUCAAUAACACAAUCUAUUAUGCCGAGAAUUCGACAGCUGGUGUUGGUCCAGGUGCUCGGUGGUUGGGUGUUUACAAGACCCUCGAUGCACUGAAUAUAGCUGCCGCUGGAGGAAGGGCAGGAACAGUCGGUGUAGGUGGAUUGAUUCUAGGUGGAGGCAACUCUUUCUAUGCUGGAAGGAAGGGAAUGGUUUGUGACAACGUUGCAAACUUUCAAGUUGUUCUGAGUUCAGGAGCAAUUGUCGACGCCAACAACGAAACCAACCCAGACCUUUUCAGAGCCCUCAAGGGCGGCAACAAUAACUUCGGUAUAGUCACAAGAUUCGAUCUCGAGGUCUUUGAAACAACUUUGCUUUGGGGAGGUGUGGUAGUAUACCCGAACGAUACUACACCAGCUCAGCUGCAAGCACUCAAGAACUUCUGCGACAAGAUCGAAAGCAAUCCGUAUGGCUCAGCCAUAGGCAUUUGGCAGUUCACUUCUCAGACUGACGCCACGAUCAUAAUAAACGCCUACGAUUAUACUGCUGCCGUAGAACGUCCGGCCGUUUACGAUGAGUUUCUUGCCAUACCUGGUAAUAUCUCCGACUCCCUACGUAUAACAAACAUGUCGGACUUGACUCAAGAACUCGAGCAGGCUGCUGGGUACCGUGACUCGUUCUUCACCCUCACUUUCAAGAACGACAUUCGCAUGUAUGAGAAGGCUAUUCGAAUGCAUAACUCCUAUGUUGAGCUCAUCAAGGCUUCUGAAGCUGCUGGCAACUGGACCUUGCAAGACAUGUUCCAGCCUCUACCAGCGAUUUUCGCCAAGCACUCCGUUGAGAUGGGCGGGAACAUGCUUGGUUUAGAUCGCUUUGAUGAAAAUCUCGUCUUAUGGCAGACAUAUCUUGCCUGGCAAGCACCUGACCAAGAUGACCUCUUCCAUUCCUUUGGUGAUGCGUUCAUUGCGGAGCUCAAAGACUAUGCUAUCAGUAUCGGAGCUGACAACCCGUUCAUCUACCUCGACUAUGCAUACAAGACUCAAGAUCCCCUAGCCAGUUACGGGAAGGAGAAUUAUGAUCAUAUCAAGGCUAUGGCGGAGAAAUACGACCCUCUUGGUGUGUUCCAGACCAUGGUACCUGGUGGCUUUAAGAUUAGUAAGGCUGGAGAACCAAUUGAGUGA